ACGUGCUUAUAGCUUCUCUCUGUUGCAGUACAACUUUUGGAUUUGAGCUGCUUUGUGGUAUCUCUCUCCUUAGAAGACUUUGCAUCAGUACUCCUGCUGUUAUGAACGCCUCCGAGCAGUUGAUCAAAGCUGCAAAAAGCGGCAACCUCAAAGAAGUGAAGAAACUUUUAUCCAAGGGAGCUUUUUUCGCCAAAGAUGAGUUUGGUAACACAGCACUCCACGAGGCUUCCUGGACAGGCAACAAUGACAUUGUGAAGGUACUACUCAAGGCCUCGUGCUUUGUGGACAGCGUCAAUGGAGCUGGUUUUACUCCUCUUCACCUUGCUAGCCAAAACGGACACGCCAAGGUGGCAAAGACCCUUCUCAAGUGGAAAGCAAACCCUGCGAUCAAAAAUCAGCACGAAGAAGCAGCCAUUCAUUUGAUAGCUAAAUAUGAUCAUUCCCAUCUUGUCCCCAUAUUUGCUGCUGCUAAAGUUAAUCUUGAUAUUACAGCAAAGGAUGGUAAUACUGCGCUCCAUAUUGCUGCAAAGCUAGGCUAUGCAGCCACUGUUAAAGCCCUUGUUCAGAGUGGAGCUAACCCAAACUUCACUAAUAUUAGAAAGAGACUUCCCAUCGAUUAUGCUGAAAUUGGAGAUUACCAUGACACAGUUAAACUUCUAAUACCACUAACAGAGCGGCCAGUAGUAAUGGGACGAAGAGCUACUAUGGACAGCAGAUCAAAGACACCAGACUCGACUCCAUUAUAUGCUAAGAGGUCAGUCUUUAGUCGUUCAUCAAAGUCAAUGAGAGGGAGCAGCUCUGGGGUAAUACCAAGAAAGACAUAUGAUUCCCCACCAUCAGUCAAUGGAGUUGAGCUCAGACCGAGAGAUAGGUCAGUCUCAGUCACUACUCCUCCAAAGCGUUACAGUCGUGAGUUUGAGGAUCUUCCUCCUCGCCUGUACACCUUCUCCUCCGCCGGUCGGUUACAAGGAGGAAGGAGUCCACUGGUCCUCUCUAUGAGAUCAAACACUCGUACACCAAGUCUUGAGGAGAUGCCAGAGAUAUCGGUAGAGGAGACACUCGCAAAACCAAAUUAUAAGUACAUACCUACUCAGAGUGAUGAUUCAGAAGACAACUCUUCAGUUACAUACAAGCCACUCUUACGCAUUUCCUGUCACUCUGACGUGGUCUCAAACCCACCAACUCUCCCCAGAUCAAGAGGCAGUACUUCGACUGGUCAGAUCUCGUCCCUCAAUACCAGCAUGCCUAACCUUGCAAUCACUAAUGCUGGCAGCAACAGAUCCUCUGCGGUCUUCAGUCCCAGUCCCCUAGCAGGGACCCCCAACACUCCUAGUAAUCCCAUAUACGACUACCUCAGUCCUAAGGUAUCCUCUCCUUCCAAGUCAUCAGUCAAAGACGAGGAGUCUGACAGUGAGAAUGAUAGCUACGUUUGUCUCAGCCCUCGUUUAACCUCGGACAAGAGGACCUCUCCGGAUGGACAGGACGACUCCUUUACUGUUUUAUCUGAUGACGUGUUGCACCACCAGUACGAGUAUUUGGGUCCGUUGCCGGACGAGGACGAACUUGAAGAUGAUUUCGAGUCGUACGUGUACAUGGCUCCUAGAGAUAACGGUCACCUACCAUUACAGAACACAGCAUCAUCGCCCAAAAAUGGAGCGGUACAUAAGUUACCUGGUUCCUCGUGUACUGAGAGCCCAGUAAGACUACCAUACAUUGAGUCCAAUAAGAAAACAGUUGAUAGUGGCCCUACUGAGCACAAGUUGGUGGAGAGUAUCAGGCAGUCAGUCCAGUCAAGACUACAAGAUGCAGAGACUCACUGUCAAAGGAGGCUCCAGCCCUCUCUAUCCGCUCCAAACACUAAUGGCGUAUCUUCUCGUAGACCUAACAGCUGGGUGGACAACCUUCAGCCAGUGAGAGAUGAUGAAACAGCUGAUAUCGAUUCAGACGAGGACGCCAUUUCCUUUGUUGCUGAUAGUUAUAAAAACGGUAACGGAGAAGAGGGAAUCAAAGUCCAGGAGACGCUAGAAAAGUACAAGACCGAAGUGAUGGAGUACUGCAUGAAGCAGGCGGAGAAGAAGAUGAGGGCGAUGGAGGAAGAGUAUCAGAGGAAAAUACAAGAGCUGACAGUUAAAACCGGCAGCAAUGGAGCCUCUACAGGGAGUCCUAAGAAAACAGCAAAACGAUCGUCAGAGACAUUUGUUUAAAAUGAACUUUGUUGCUCCUGUACAAGGGUCACUCUUUCUCUCAUUCAUGCAUCAGUUCAUCACCACUCUUUCUAUCUCACCUCUCUUGUGGAUUGGUUUUUAAUUGUUUUAUAUCCCUCCCUCCUGUACGUGUGCGUCUUUCUGUUCCUGGUUCUCUUUUCUCAACUCUUUCAAACUUUCCGUGUUCUGAAUAUUAAAAAACAUUAUUAUUAUUAAUUUAUUAUUGUUUAGAGACAUACAAAACUGUUGUUUUUCAUUCGUCUGUAGACAAAAAUAUUAUUUCUUCUUUUUUUGAUCACAAGUAUUAUUAUUUAUAAUGUAAUACUUUUACUCACUUAAUAGAUGCAUCAUUUCCGCUUUAUAAUAACUUGGGCAAAAAUUAA